AUGCCUGUUUCGUUGUCUCAGGAUUCGUCAGUGCUUAUCGUCGGGGCAGGUACUUGGAACAUAUCUACUGCAUUGCGUCUAAAAAGACGAGGAUACAAACACGUUACUCUCCUUGAUCCAUAUCCGGUGCCAUCCCCUAUAUCUGCUGGUAAUGAUGUUAAUAAGAUUUUUGAGCUUAGUACUUUCGUCGCUGGAGCUAAUUCAGACGAGCGCUUUGUUGCAAACACUCUGAUCAAUAAAGCAACGAAAGGUUGGCUUAGUAAUCCGGUCUUCAAACCGUACUUCCACGAAACAGGAUGCAUCAUUGCUGCAACUUGCGAAACUGGACGUGCUUAUAUGAACUCCGCGAGCGGUCCAGGCGAGGAUGCAGGUUGGCUACCUCUUAAGACGAAGGAAGACUUCCAAGCGACUGUGCCUAAAGGUGUUCUCACCGGAGACUUCCCUGGAUGGGAAGUUUGGUGGAUGGAAAAAGGUUCUGGUUGGAUCCACGCAAGGAAAUCUAUGCAAAGCGCAGCGAACGAGGCACAACGUCUAGGAGCGGUGUUUGUCACUAGCGAGCGGAGAGGCAAAGUUGACAAUCUAAUCAUCGAGGAUAGGGAUAUCCGAGGAGCCACGACACUCGACGGAGUCGAACAUCGAGCGGAUCGUACUAAACUUUGUGCCGGCGCGAACACCGGGAUAACCUUCGACAUAAAGGAUCAGCUGCGUCCCACAGCCUGGACUAUAGCUCACAACAAGAUGACAAAGGAGGAGAUAGAGUUAUUCAAGGACUUGCCAGUGUUGUUUAACAUUAACCGGGGCUCCUCCAUGGAGCCUUAUAAGGACAAAGUGGAGCUAAAGAUGUGCGACGAGCAUCCUGGCUACUGCAACUACACAAUGGAUCCUUAA